UGCAAUGUAGGUUUAUAUACCGCCGAAUGGGUCCUCUCCAGCGUAUGGGUCCCAGGAAGCUUCUCCUGGCGUCCAUUACGACCGUAUCGAUCUUCCUUCACAUGUUUCCCCACGCCCAUUCAGAGACAGACGCCUUCCCUCCCGAAGCUGCAGACGGUCCAUACGCGAGCGGGCCGGAGCUCAGCCCGGGGCCGGCACUGAGUGUCUUCGACGUCGACGACUACGGAGCAUCAGCCGGCAACGACGCCACCGAGGCGUUUCUCAGGGCAUGGAAAGAGGCCUGCAACUCCUCGUCUGACCCUUCCUUGUUCCUCGUACCCGGCGGGAAGACCUACCGCCUGAUGCCCGUGAGCUUCACCGGGCCCUGCAGAGCUACCACGAUCACAGCAAUGAUCAAGGGGACACUGGAGGCUCCGUCGAACCGCUCGGUUUGGCUUGACCGGCCCAGCGAUCUAUCGGAGCGAUGGAUCGCGUUCGAGGACGUCGAUCACCUCCAUGUCAUGGGCGGCGGGACGAUCAACGGGAACGGACACGAGUGGUGGAUCAACUCCUGCAAGGUCAACAAAACAAUGCCAUGCGUCAGAGGCCCGACGGCGCUGUACUUCCAGAGCUGCGAGCAUCUGGUUGUGGAGGACCUCCAGGUGAGAGACAGCAUGCAGAUGCACGUCGUGAUCGCCUACUCCUGGAAAGUGCUCGUGUCGAGGCUGUUCGUCACCGCGCCAGGAUGGAGCCCCAACACCGACGGGAUCCACGUAUCCAACAGCAGAGACGUCCUGAUAAGCAGCUGCAUCAUCAGCACAGGUGAUGACUGCAUAUCCAUCGUGUCUGGCUCUGCGUUCGUGCGGGCAACGGGCAUAUUUUGUGGACCGGGUCAUGGAAUAAGCAUUGGUAGUCUAGGAGCGAACAAAUCUUGGGCCCAUGUCUCGGACGUGCUGGUGGAGAAGGCCACGCUGGUGGGCACAACCAACGGUGUGCGGAUCAAAACUUGGCAGGGAGGGCAAGGGUUUGCAGAAAGGAUUACUUUCCAGGAUAUAAAGAUGUACAAUGUCACCAAUCCUAUAAUCAUCGACCAGAAUUACUGUGACUCCAAGACACCAUGUUCCGAACAGGAAUCAGCUGUUGCAAUACGUAACAUACGCUACAGUAGCAUACACGGAACCAGUGCUUCAAAGGUUGCCGUCAAUUUUAUUUGCAGUAAGGCUGUGCAUUGCGACGGCAUUGUGAUGCAAGACGUUUCUUUGGCUGGCACGGGGUCCUACCUUACAUGUUCUUCCCUGAAUGCCAGAGUCAUGGAACUAGGAUUAAUAUCCCCUUAUUGCAGAUCGGACAUGUAGUGUAUCUAUCUGUAUUACAACUCACAAGAUGUACUAGAAAAAUCAUGUAUUUAUUCUAUAAUUAGGUUGUUUGGAGGACUCAUAUUUCUUUUAGGAGCUUGGGAUGUAGAGUAGUAUAAGCGAAUUGCCCUUUUUUUCCCA